GUGAGGCGAGGCAGGUGCUUUUUUCUCCUCUCAUCCUCCCGGAGAGCUCAUUUACAUUUUCCUUUCUGGUUCCUCUCCAGUUCCUUCUUGGUUCCUCUCCGGUUCCUCCUCCUGGGUGAGAAGAUGGGAUCUCCAGCCGUUUCUCUCCUUCUCUCCUGCGCUCUGCUACUCUCUGUCUCAGUGUCUCGCUCUCAGACACACAACGACACCGAGCCCGUGGUUCUGGAGGGGAAAUGCCUGGUGGUGUGCGACUCCAAUCCGUCCUCAGACGGGGGCGUCACCUCCUCGUUCGGGAUCUCGGUGCGAGCUCCGGGGGCGAAGGUGGCAUUCUCGGCCGUCAGGGGGACGAACCACGAACCGUCCGAAAUGAGCAACAAGUCCAUGACCAUCUACUUCGACCAGGUUCUCGUCAACAUCGGCCACCAUUUUGACCUGAAGACGAGUGUGUUCCAAGCACCGAGGCGCGGCAUUUACAGCUUCAGCUUCCACGUCGUCAAGGUCUACAACCGUCAGACCAUCCAGGUGAACCUGAUGCACAACGAGUACCCGGUCAUAUCAGCGUUCGCAGGAGAUCAGGACGUGACCCGUGAGGCAGCGAGUAACGGCGUUCUCCUGCUUCUGGAGCGAGAUGACCGACUCUACCUGAAACUGGAAAGAGGGAACCUCAUGGGAGGAUGGAAAUAUUCCACCUUCUCGGGAUUUCUCGUCUUCCCGCUCUGAUUUUUACGUCCUCUCUGUCGGAAAACCUGCUCCUUUAAGUCCCACUGUAUCACGAGGAACGCAGGGGUAUGAGUUACAGGAGACGUUCAGCGCUUUCUCACUCUAAUCUCUCUGUAGUCCAAACUCCUUCAGAAUGGAAGUCUAAUCAUGUGUUCACAUAAGCAGCUGAUGAGUCUCACAUGGCACUUGUAGUUUGUCUCUUAUGGGCGUGGCCAUGUUUAGCAUUUUCUUUUUAAAUUUCAAAGGUAGCCUCAAUAUAGUGGCCUCUUAAGUUAACGAGUUCAACAUACGUAAACAUCGCACUAAUCAGUGUGAAGGUCAGCUGGUGACUCUCGUGAUACGCCUUAUUGGUAGCUUUGUCCCCAAGUUAGAUAUUAUUAGAUUUGCUGCUUAAACGAUUUUGCAUAAAAUUAUUACAAUUUCCAUAUCAUGUACGUUUCAUGCACAUAUGCACAGAAAAUUACUCAUCUGUCACUUUAUAUCGUUGCACUGUUGUACAUCUAAAGAUAAAAAUCCAGAUUUAGACUUCCAGACAUCUUUUCCCAGCAGAGGGAGAUUAGAGUGAUAAAUCCUGGACACAUCUGUCACAGCUUCGGCUGGAGAACGUCCUAACGACCUUGAAGAACCUGGUGAUCAUCAAAGUAACAACGGUGUGAUUAUCAGAACGAGGACUGAAGGGCAUGAGGAUGUUUUUUGAAGAGCAAAAUGACUUCUUUAUUAUAAAUACAGCUUGUAUGUGUCACCUUUUAAAUUGUCUCUGAUACAGGUUUCCUGGGGAAACUCUAAACCAUGUGUAAGGUGAUGUUAAAGCGGCUUCAGUAUGAACCUACCAAAAUCUAGUCAUGGGUUUGAAUUAUUUUUGUACUAAAAAGCUAAAUUUUGGUUGCACGUACGGUGAACUGUUGGGUGCUACAGUAGAUGUCUUUUAAUUAUAGUCGCUCAAUGUUAGUUUAAAUAUACAGUAUAUAAAUAGUUUGAGAAUGUAAUCCUGAAACUUUUGCAAAACCACAAAUGCAACCUGGCUUAUAUUUGUUUUUGUUUUAAUUUAAAGGCCACUUCCAGAAUAAAACGUCACUCAAUCUUCCAUGUGCAGAAUGAUCUGUCUCAGACUAACAGGAUGAAAAUGUAGUGCAUUUAAACGUUCUGAUUAUCUUGGGCGUGUAUAUGAGCUAUGCAUAAUCAUAAACCAAAGGAUUAGAAUUAUAAACUCAUUAAGAAGCUAACUAUACAGUGUAAUCCAGGGACCAAAUUCAUGAACAGUUAUACAUUAUAUCAGUAACUUUUACAUUUUAAGUUUGCAUGUUAGCGAUGAUACCUGCAGCGUAAAGAAUUAAAAUAAAUAUACUUAUUGUGACGCUCUUACAAGUAGAUUUUUUUUUAUAAUGAUUUGUACUACUAGUAAAACAAACACAGAAACUUGUUCCUGCUGAAAAUGACACCUUCAUAGUGACUUUAGAUGUUUUGUAAGAAAUCCGGUCUCUCGCUGUUGGACACACAGGACUCUUAAAGGACGCACAGGACGGCUUCCUGUUUUGUGUUAAAAUCCAGAAGUGAAACAUAAUAAAAUACAUUUACUUUGUCACUGUAAUUAAGUACAGUUUUCACAUUUCUGUACUUUACUUUAAUAGUUUUAUUAGAUUCAAGAUUCAAAAUUCAAAGACCUUUAUUAAUCUCAGAGGGAGAUUGCUUAUAUUUUAUAAUUGAUGAUACUUUACUCCAACACAUCCUACGGCAAAUAUCUGUACUUUCUACUUCACUACAUUUCUGAAUGGCGUUGUGUUACACAAACACACAGGGGUGUGAAAUAUUGUAGUAAUUGAUUUGUUAUACGUAAUUACGUGAUUUGCAUUUGAUCUGUGAAAUGCAGCAGGGGUUCGAAAUCAGACGUGGAAAUGGUUGCAGGCAGUGAAAUCAGGUCGUUCACAAUCGGGAAACAGAGAGAGAGAAAGAGAGAGAGAGACAGAGAGAGAGAGAG